AUGAAGACAAGCGACUUCGAAACCACCCUCAAAGAAGCCUAUGACAUUCCGGUACCUCAAACACUGCAACAGCCCCGAUACAAAGUGAUUACUUCCUUCUAUACCCCACAGCAAGGUAAACAUUAUGGUGCAAAUCUUCCUGUUCGUCACAUCCCCAGUCCCAGUGCCCCGCAACAGUAUGGCUCAAGUCUGAUGAUGACGACACGCAGGACAGGUGCUUCUGGCUACAUCGGCGGCGAUGUGCUGCACCUGGUAGCCAAGACACAUCUGCACCUGGUAGCCAAGACACAUCCCGACUACAUCAUCAAGGCGCUUGUCCGCGACAUAGCCAAAGGCCAGCAGAUUGCCAAGGCCUUUAGCAAUGUCCAGCUCGUGGAGGGAGACUUGGACGCCACCGAAACCAUCAGAAGAGAGGCCUCCGAGGCCGAUGUUGUGCUUCACCUUGCAGCGACUGGCCACCUGAACAGCGUGAAAGCUAUUCACUCGGCCUUCCUGAACUCUGUCCGCCAAAAGCCAGCCCACUGGAUCCAGAUCUCGGGCGCGUCCGCCCUCGCCGCGGCCGAGCUUGCAGACAAAUCGCGAGCUUUCGGGGCUCCGAGCGACCUGGUAUUCGACGAUUUAGACGACAUAGCCGGCAUCACCUCUAUGAUCAGAGGCCAUCCGUCGCGUGCUGUCGACAACUACGUGCUCGACGUGGCAAAGAGCACGUCUAGUGUUAAUACCGCGCUCGUAUUCCCUCCUAUCAUCUACGGUCAAGGUCGUGGGCCUGUCAACCAGCGCAGCAUCCAGAUUCCCCAGCUGGCGCGCGCGACCCUGGAGCGCGGGCAGGGAGUCCGAGUUGGCGCCGGUCGGAGCCGGUGGGGAGAUGUGCACGUUCACGACGUCAGUGCGCUCAUCCUCCGGCUCCUUGAAAAGGCUGUUGAAGGACCGGCGGACGAAAGACUGUGGAACGAGAAUGGGAUCUACUUGACUGGGGUCGGAGAGCUGUCAUUCGGCGAGAUCUCCGAAAAGGUCGCGACGGCCGCGGUCAAGCAGGGUCUCAUAUCCGACCCGACGGUUGAGCAACGGGAUGCCGAGGCCUUUGACGCUCUGAUCCCUCAUGGCACGGUGCUCUAUGGGACAAAUGCCAGGAGCCACGCUCGUCGCGCGAAGGAGUUUCUUGGAUGGCAACCACAAGGAGACAGUCUAGAGCAGGAAAUACCUCGCGCGGUCGAGGCCGAAGGCCAAAAAAUGAAGGCUUGA